AUGCGCGGGCCGGGACGCCCCCUGCUCCUGGGGCUGCUGCUGGUGCUGGGGGCGGCGGGGCCCGGGGUCGCUGCGCCCCGGGAGGCGGCCGACGGACAGACCCUGCUGCGGCUCAUCGCGGAGAUCCUGCAGGAGCUCCGGAAGGGCCAGGCGGGCGAGGCCAAGAGGCUGCAGCUCGCGGGCCGCAGGGAGGCCUCGGACUCCGCGCUGGACCCCGAGGAGCAGCGAGUGGAAAUCGUCCCUCGAGAUCUGAGAAUGAAGGACAAGUUCCUAAAACAUCUCACAGGUCCUCUUUAUUUCAGCCCAAAGUGCAGCAAACACUUUCACAGACUGUACCACAACACCAGAGACUGCACCGUCCCUGCAUACUAUAAAAGAUGUGCCAGGCUUCUUACCCGGCUGGCUGUCAGUCCUAUGUGCUUGGAGGGAUAAGCCGUGAGCAGAGGGCAGAGGGACGGCAGCCCGUGAACCAUGAGAAGUGCCUUGGGAACCAACAGGGGACAGAACCUACUACCUUCACGAACACAUCCCCUUGUGAA